GUUACUGUUUCCUUUUCUCUCUCUACGUUUUCUCCGUGUUUCUCUCUUCAAUAUCUCUCGUUCGACGAAUGCAGAUUUGAAAUGACUUUGGCUAGCCCGACUCCAGUUUUGCUGGGGGCUAUGAGAGUGGACCUAGAGGGAAUUAGUCUGAUCCAAGUUUGAAUAGGUCUGGAAGCUUAGAGAGGGUGUAGAGAGUAGAAUGUUUGGUUCUGGGAAGACUACUUCUAGGGGGAGUGCUAUGUCAGCUGGGGACAAUCAUGAAUUGUCUCAAAGUCUGAUGUUGGAGCCAAUCAUUAUGGGUGAUCAAAAGUAUCCACGGUCAGUUGAGUUAAGGAGGAUUCUGGAGUUUUCAGUGGGAAGCAGCUUAGAGGACAAUCCUUUUGGUGCCGCUCAUCUGAAGACUUCACCUCCAGUAGUUGUGAAGGAAUUAAAACGAUUUAGAGCUAGUGUUGCCGACACUCGUGUCAAAGCUAGUGUUAGAGCCAAAAAGCUGGACGAGCAUUUAAAUAAAUUGACCAAGUAUCUUGACUCCAUGACCCCUAAGAAGCAGCAUCGGAAUGAGCUAUUGACUGAUGAUCGAUCAACUGGUUCAAACUUAAAGAUGGGAACCCAGAUGCUUCGUAGACCUUCGGAACUUGUAGCUCUUAAAUUCGAGGAUGGACGUAAGAAUAUAUUUUUGAAUAAGCGUUUAAGGACAUCAAUUGCAGAAACUCAGGCAGAAUUACGGGAUAAUGGAUCACUUCGGCAGCCUUUGGCAAUGGCAAAAGAAAGAGGCCUGGUUAAAGAUAGUAGUGCAGAUGCAGAUAUUGUUGAGGAAAGGAUUAGAAAAUUACCUGCUGGCAGAGAAGGUUGGGACAAGAAAAUGCGAAGCAAACGCUCAGUUGGUGCAGUCUUUUCGAGACCUAUCAACUCUGAUGUGGAACUGAAACGAACUAUGCAUCAUAAGCUGAUCAAUGAACCUGCUGGUGGUAACAAGUGGGACCCUAUAUCGUCUCCUGCUGGUUCUAGUGCUCACGCAACACCAAAAACUGAACAAGAAAAAUCUGUUCUUUCAAAGGAUCUUCAUCUUGGACAGAAUAAGGGGCGAGUCUUAGGAAAAGGAAACAUACAGUUGAAUAAAGGUGAGGAAAAUCUUGCCGUCUGUCCUAGUCCAGUAGUAAAAGGGAAGGCCUCCAGGGCGCCUCGAAGUGGCUCUACACGUGGAACUAAUUCAGCUUCCUAUGUUCCCCGGUUAUCUGGAGCUUUGGAAAGCUGGGAACAAACUCAAGGUGUAAACCAAAAUCCUUCAAUUGGAAGCUCUAACAAUCGGAAGCGUGGUAUACCGACAGGAUCAUCCUCUUCAUCCAUCACUCAUUGGGUUGGGCAGAGGACACAGAAGAAUACCCGUACAAGGAGGACAAAUCUUGUGCCAGUAUCAAACCAUGAUGAAGCACAGAUGCAAUCUGAAGAAUGUUCCCCUUCAGAUCUUAGUGCUAGAUUAAAGUCUGGUGUAACCAAUGUUUCCCUUCUUUCUAGAAGCGCAGCCACUGGAACUCAUAAUUUCAAAAACAAUAAUUUUUCUUCCCCUGCUAGAUUAUCUGAAAGCGAAGAAUCUGGGGCAGGUGAGUACAGACUAAAGGAGAGAGGUGUAGGGAGUGUAGACAUGGAAGAAAAAGAUGAAAAUGGUGCUCAAAACAUUGUGUCUUCAGCAAUUCUUACAAAGAAGAACAAAAUUUUUGUUGAAGAAAAGAGAAGUGAUGGUGGACAGAGACAAGGCCAGAGUGGAGGUGUCUUGCCAUUUUCUAGGCCUAGUAUUUCACCUAGGAGAGAGGAGUUAGAUAAGGCAGUCACAACCAAGCUACUGCGAAGUGCUAGGUCCGGUUCUGACAAGAAUGGAAGUAAGUCAGGCCGUCUUCUGAAGAAGCUAUCUGAUCGUAAAGGUUUCUCUCGUCUUGUCCAUGUGGCAAAUGGAGGUUCCCUUGACUUUAAUGGGGAAUCAGAGGAUGAUCGUGAAGAGCUUUUAGAAGCUGCAAAUUUUGCUUGCAACUCUAGUGUCCUUGCCUGUUCGAGCCCAUACUGGAAGGAAGUUGAGCCAUUGUUUGCUUCUAUUAGUCCAGAUAAAAGAUUGCAUUUAUCACGACAGCUGAAAUCGGCAGAUGAAUAUUCUGGAAGCUUGAAUAAUAUAUUUGGCCCUGGAAAUAAUAUUCAAUGGAAAAUGGCUGACCAUGGGCAUGAAGAAAUUUCUGCCUCUGAUUCGCUCUCUAGUGAGAGGAAUGGACACAAGAACAAUCAAAUCAAGUUAAAAGAUUCUUCUGAGGAAUUUGUCCAGCAACUGCAAGAUUCCUCUCUGUUUCGAAACCUAGAUGUAGAAGGACGCACUCCACUUUAUCAAAGGGUUCUAUCAGCUUUAAUUGUGGAAGAUGAAAUUGAAGGAUGCAAAGAAAAUAGAUUUGGAAGAUCAAGGAGUUCAUCUGAUGAUCUACGCAUCAUUGUUGAUUCUGAAAAUAAAGAUAGGUCUCUACAGCACUUCUCUCAGAAAAACAGUAACCCAAAUCAAUUUUUCUCUUGCAAUGGAAAUAGUGACAACAACAGAGUCCACAGUGCUCAAGUGCAUCUGUGCAACUCUGAACUGCUACAUGGUGAGGGCAGAUAUGAGCAUUCAGAGGUUGAAGUGUUGGCUAGACUUUCAAGGCGUGAUCAUGGUCCACGAAGUUCUCAGACAAAAAAAAAUGGCAUAUCUUCCUCUGAUUACCAAUACGAUGAGAUGUGUCUUGAAGACAAGCUUGUACUGGAGCUGCAGAGUGUUGGUCUGUAUCUUGAAACCAUGCCUCCCUUGGAUGAUAAAGAAGACGAAGUAAUCAACCAGGAAAUUGUGCAACUAGAGAGAGGACUUCAUCAAAAGAUUGGAAAGAAGACAAAGUGCCUGGAUAAAUUGUACAAGGCUAUUCAAGAAGAAAAUGAUGCAGAAAGACGGAAUCCUGAGCAGGUUGCUAUGGAUAAACUUAUUGAGUUGGCAUACCAAAAACUUUCGGCAACUCGAGGAAGCUUUGCUUCUAAACAUAGAAUUGCCAAAGUGUCUAAACAAUCUGCAUUUGCAUUUGCCAAGAGGACACUUUCCAGAUGUCAGAAAUUUGAAGAUUCAGGAGAAAGUUGCUUUGCUGAGCCUUCACUCCGGGAUAUUCUUUACGCUGCACCUCCCCAUGCCAAUGAACUGGAGCGGCUUCCUAAUGCUAAUCUGGCAGUUGCUAAUGGCUCCUUACCUGGUUGUACCAAUGGGAGUUCGGUAGAUGUGUCCGAGACUUCAGGACAUCAAUUUGAUCACGACUCUGCUAAAAAUGGACCAAUAUCCAACCAAGAAAAGAAAAAGGAAGUAUUGCUUGAUGAUGUUGGUGGUGCAGUUUUUAGAUCAACAUCUACUCUAGGCAUUUCUGGUUAUACAAAGGGAAAGAGAAGUGAGAGAGACAGAGAUAGAGAAACUUCAAUCAGAAAUCCAGCUUCCGAAAGUGGGCACUCGUCAAUGGGCGGCUCUAAGGGUGAACUUAAAACGAAAUCAAAGCCAAAGCAGAAGACAGCUCAGCUUUCCACAUCAGGAAAUGGAUUUGUCAGAGAUGUUAGAUUAAUAUCUUCUGGUAAUGGCUCUCUGGAUUCAUCAAAGGAGACAAAGAAAUCAAUGGACUUCCCAAAUUUGCCACUGAAUGAUAUAAAUUCUGUAGAACUGGGGGUAGAUUCUGAUAUUGAAGUAACGCAUGAUUUCAGUUCUUUGUUCAAUUUUGAUGAGGAUGAGUUACAAGACCAUGAUUCCGUAGGCCUCGAGAUACCUAUGGAUGACCUGUCAUCUAUUGUGUUUGAUCAUUGAUAGCAAGUUGUACAGGUUGGGGAAUAUUUAACUGGUUACAGAGGAGCGACAUUUUUCAUUUUUCUUUCCUGGUUAUUGAGGGGUUGGCUCAGCUUAAGAUGUCUCGGCCAAAGUGGCAAUUGUAAUUAUGUGAUUCUUUUGUACACUGCCCUUCAGUGUUCAGAAAAUCCUUUUCAUUUGUCUUCGAGACAAUGUUUCCUUAUGAAAAGUAUGAAAAAUUUAGAUAGUGCUCUGUUAAAUAAUCUAGAAUUGUUUCAAGCAUAUGAAUCCCACUAGCUUUCUAUGUAUAUUAAUGUUUGAUGAAGGCAUUUUGCCAAGAGACGUCUUAUUAAGGACUAAUUGAGGCAUAACAUUUCUAUUUGGUGGCAGUUCAGAUUUCCUGGGAUGGCAGUUUGCAGCAGUAGUUCUUUCAUUGGUAAACAAGUGUGCAGUACAGCUAAGAUGAUAUAGUGAGAUCUGAUCAUAAUGUCAAGGUAAAAGUGCCACAUCCCAAACAUGUUUGGUUAUCAAUAUUGGUCCAGACUGACUGUACUAUGAAUAGAAAGUUAUUUACAAGUCAAUUUUACUUAGUUUUAA